AUCCCACAUUGGCAAAGCAACCGUUGCUCAGCUCGGUGUGUGUAGUGGGCGGUUUGUAUGACACAGUCGUGGAAUGGUUUAUAAAACGGCUCGCAACAUGCCGCGCGUAUAAUUCCUUAAUCAGCGAUUCUACUACAAUACCGCCUUGAAGAACAAACAUCGCAAAGUGCUCUGGAAAUACCUGGUUUGUAUACAACAGUGGCUUUGUGUCUACAACGGCAGUGAACGUUGCAUCUGAGCGAUAUUUCGCAUGUAACACUACACUUAAAACCAUGUUUGACCGUGGAAUCUUUUUUCGCUGUUAUUGCUUUCUACAACAGUAAUGCUGCUAUAGGCGGACUUCAGUUUUAUCUUUUAAAUUUCCACGUUCUGAAAUGUGUGGUGGAUGUACAUUUUAGAUUGUUCUGUGCCGUUUGAUGGACUCCGUAAGGAUUGGAUGAUUGUGUGUGUAUACAGUCCUGACUCAAACAUCAUUCAACAAGCCGGUCUUGUCCCCAAGUGCAAAUAUUAAAGACUCUUGCCCUAGAACUCCGGAAAGCCACAGUAGUGCUGUUUUUUAUCUGUGGAAGUGAUGAAGACAGCUGUUUUAGCUUAUGGAAACGUCUUUAUCUAUCAUUCUUCUCUAAGAUUCAGGAAGUAGUGCAGCAACAACUCGGUCAUCCAAACAUCUGGCAGCAGAAGUUCCUAUAAAAAAAAACAGUUUGUGCGUAGUGUUUUGGGUUUAGUUAAAGGGACACUUGAUUCGGAUAAUAUUGAGCAACUCUUCAGGAAAAAAGUGCACAAGUAAAAUUUAUAAUGUAGCGUCACGUACGACUCCUGGUUACCUUUUCCACCCUGAAAGGGGAACAUUGUUACUUUUGCUGAGGCCUCAAUGGAAUUUGUGCGAGGGAACUGGAUGUACACUUUUCGUGGGAAGAUUUUGAUAACUCAGGAACAUCGAAGAAAGUGUCAGUGUUGGAUGUCAUCUUGUUCCGUGUAUCGAUCUAGUCUCCAACUAUCGCGCGCCCUUUGUGUGCUUUUAAAAUUAGGACCGGGUGAUAUUAUUGUAUGUUGCACGUUCGUUUGGCGUUUCUGUGCAAAGCUACGGAUACUAUAAUUCGGAAACUCAGUAUUAAGCAAACACUUCCGGGGGCUAGAUUCACCUAUCGCCGGAGUAAGAAGCUUUUCUUGAAACACUUUUGGCUCGAGGGGGUGAACAACAUAUUGCUGUACUUUUAAAGUGUUUUGGAUUUGAAAAGCCGCUACGAUGGAUAGGUCUGUGUGUCUCAAAACAAUAACUUUUACUGUCGUCUUGUUUACAGCUAUGGUCGUGAUGCGGUCAGGCUGGGGUGCGGCUGAGGGGGGCGAGGCCCGCAGUGCUACCCUGAAAUGCUACACCUGCGCAGCAAACGACUUCGAGGAGGAUUUCGAAGACAAGUUGUCCAACUGUGAGAACGGGAAGACGAGUAGGACAGUGGAAUGCCCGUACGAGAUACACAGGGCCAGGGAUGAAAUAGGAGAGGAUUGGAACGACUUCAUAAUGUAUCCGAGCUGCACGGUGGUGAAACAGAAAGCUGCUGGCGCUGUCACGAGCUACACGAGGGGAUGUAAACUGUUCACCAACUGCACGGAGGUCAAGGAAUGCGAAGAAUCCGAUGACAAUUCUGGAGUUUGUAGGUCUUGCUGCGACACGGAUUUAUGUAACUCGGCCCCGUCAUAUUUAAUACGCAGUGUGCAUUGGCUCUGGACACUAGCCACCAUCUUGAUUGCUAUGGUAACGAGUAGUUGAGGACAUCUUGACGAGGGGAUUUGUUUGCCGACUUAAUUAGGAUAAUAUGGACGAGUGAUUAUAGUCCACCUAAAGUUGGAACGAUGGCAGGAAUUCAAGUUUGAGAUCUCCAACCUUUUUUUUUACGUGGCACACACAGACAGUAUCUGACUGUUCUGUCUGUAACGAUUGCAUUGAAGUGUUAUAGCAGAGAGUCGAACGUCGCCCAAGAGAGAUAUUUUCAUCUGCGAUAUGAAACUAUUUUAUCGAACUGCUGAUUGACUUUCCACAGUACACAGGGUCACGACCUGACUCCGUGUUUGUGAAAGAAAGGCGGAUUGAAAAUGUAUAGGAAAGAGAUAAUGUAGGAAAGCGAUGAAACUAGUGACUGCAAUACGGUCAGCAAUCAACUUAAUUUCCGUCCCUAUGAAUAAAAACUGGUGAAAGAAUACCUCAUCAGGAUAGUUAAAGCAGCUUUCACGUUUCACUGUGUACUAGGAGUAAAUUAAUAGAACGUAACUGCACAUUGUGAUACGUAACUACAGACGUACCGUAAAACGUGAAACACUUGUAAGGUAAAACGUAAACAAACACGUCCCCUGAAACGUAACUGCAGUUCUAACGUAACCUGCAGGCAGUUUACCUAACAAAGUUGAAUUUGAUGACGUGAUGGGAGGCACCGUGACUUCAAUUGUUUGGUAUUGUCCAAAAUUGGUCAAAACUACAAACUAAGGUCAUGGCCACUUCAGGUCACUGCACAAAUGAUGUGGUCAGACAACAUACCAUCUAUGAACGAACUGGGUACAUAGGAAGAUAAAGUUUCCUUUGGUGUCAUUGCAUUGUGCUCGGAGUUAAUUGAUUUGUUGAUGCACGCUGGAAUUGACAAAUUCUUAGCAUUGUAUGCACCACCGUCUCCAGGGCCAAAUCCAGGAACCCCGAAGUGUCGAACAGUUGCUUACCGUUUUGAGCCUCAAAGACACGGUGUCAAAUUUAAUAUCCAUGGGGAUUAUUCAGCACAUCAUGCAUGUUUUGACAUAAACGUGUUCUCUGCGAUGCUCUACUAAGAGUAUCUGUCAAGAUCAGGGAACGGAUGAUGAGGCUUGCUGGCCACUGUUUCCAUCCAGAGCUAGCUGUGUGCCCCCUAGUUCUUUUGGAACCCAUCGAAUGAAACAGGAGCAAGGGCAGGAGGAGACUAACAUUCAUUGAUCAGCUGCAGAAGUACGCAGCACAACAAGAAACCAACGAGUUGAGGAAGCUGAAGCUGGACCGGGAUGGGUGGAGGGCGACCAUCAGAGGUUUCCAAGAUGGUGUCGGCCGGCUGAAGACAACCUCUCACUCAACUCAGAAUGGCCUGGACUCCAGCUACGACCGGCUGUUCUCGCCUCGGUAGAGAACCACUGUCAUAUUAUUCCUCACAAACUCAAUGAUGAGAAGUUUGCCCAACUCCUUUGGAAAGUUGUAUACAUCGACAGCACCGGCGAUUGUUUUUAAACUUCUAAAACGCAAUGGAUACAACGAAGACUGUUUGUAGGAUUUGAAACUUUGCAUGGUGGAAGUGGAACUCCGAGCGAUUUGCAGUAACACCAUGUGGACAUCUCCUUUUAGGUAGUGCUGGUGAAACCUAUGGUUCUUUUCAGAACCAACACUACUCAAAAAGAAAUAUUCACAUAGUGUUACCGGAAAUCUCUCUUAGAAGACUAUUUGGGUAGGGUGGUAUAAACACUGGAAUGCCAGACUAGGAGUUCGCUCACUUUCUAUAGUAGCUUUACAUUUCAUCAACUACUUCCAGGUCAAUUUGUGCUCGUACGACCAAACGAACUAUCUGUCAAAAGUCACACAAUUUUGCAAUUCGGGUUUUACACUAAUUAUUAACUAACUCAUUACUUUUCAAUUGUCUGCAAGUUUCAGUACCCAUCACGUAAUAGUUUUGUAAUUGCACUAAUUAUUAGUAUGAACGGCAUAUCACCAGAUUUGCCAUGAGUUUCAACGAGGUGAAGGGUGACAUAUCACGAUCCGCUACUUCACGAAGUGAUACACAAAGCGCUAUAGCAGUUCAGGUGCGCGUGGUUAAUAUUUGCGUUGGUUUGUACACAGCGCUUUACGGGUAAAACUCGUUUUUUUUUUCAUUUUCGCGAAAUAACGAAUGGGUUUAAGAAAUUAGUUGGGAAUAAUGAUUGCAGUGAGCACAACCCGAAACAGCAGUUUAAAAAAUGUACCAGUUCCGUUUCGAUUAUUGCCAAACAGGAAUAUUUUUGACUCAUGUGGGCAAGUUUAAAAGCCACUUCGUUGUACGAGCGACGAAUUAUUGUAAAUUUCCAUUCCUCGAACAUUUUUUUUCAAUUUCGUAUUUCACAUUUUUAUUAAGUAAGUAAUACAUUUGAAAUGUAUGUAAUGCAAGUGAAGUCUUGCCGUUAACGUAAAUUCUAACGUAAGAGAAGGUCUGACAUAUAUCCUUCGGUUACAUACGCUCGGCCUUUUCGAAACGAUGAUUUCUGCUUUUGCUGCGUGACACAGGCUAUAUCCGUUUGCGUGAAGUGCCGUACGGAAAGCACACGUGAAAAAACCAGGAUACUGAGGGAGUUUUAGCCGUAGCUUAAGUCAAAUCCGUAGUUUCGAAAAGGGCCUGACAGUAUGCGAACCUAUCAAGUCAAGCCCUCCCCCCCCAAAAAAAAAAAAAAAAAAAAAAAAAAAAA